AUGCAGGAACAGUUGAAACAAGUUCACGAAACAGCUCUCGAACUCGCCGCUGAGAAAGAAGACAGGAAUUAUCAUAUGAAUGCCCUUCUAGAACAGAUUGAACUUCUGAAGACUAUCAAGCUGGAUCGCGAGGACAUGGUGGAGGCGAUGGCUGAUAAGGCUGAUCUCAGGAUGCUGGCGAGGAAGGUCUCCCACGACCAGUUUGAAUUGGCCUGUGAUGACCUCUCACGAGGACUUGAACACGCACUCGGCAAACUGAACAUACAGGAAGCGUUGUGGCAACAAGCCCUGGAUGACAUUCAAAGAGAGAUAGAAACUAAACUGGAUAAGAUGGAGCUCUCCCCGGUGAAAGACUUCUUCAACACGAAGCUUAAACAACUCCAAGAAAAUCUGAAGCAGAUGGCAUCCCUUCGAAGAGAGGUAGAAGCGGCCGGUACCAAACGACGUUUACUUAGGGAGGUGAAUUGUAUCUCGUGUGAUGCAAACGCCGUUAUGCCGAUGGAACCGCCGAAUAUGAUUCCUAUAAGCCGUCCGAUGCCGGGACACAUGUCUAUGAAACCGUACCUCAGUUAUGAGCUCGACGCGAUACGCAAAACUCAGGCGACAAACUUACCACAACGAAACUUACACGACUGGGAGACUAUCGACAAACAAAUGAAUCAACAGAAACAGCCGCAGAAAGCGAGAUCGGAUACGGGCAAGCAUAUCUGUAAUCGUUACUGCGGCGGGUCUCACACUAUGACGACAGCCGCUCAGCGCGUGGCACGAGCUGGUCAUUUUAUAAAGCAAUGGGGUCCGGACGUAGUGCCGUUGUCUUCGGGACUAGCGGCGGGCGACGAUGGAAGGUUGUACAAGGUCGUCCAAAACGAAGCAGACAAUGUUGGCCCAGGUGGCGCUGUCGAAACUACUUGCACUCCGAAACAACCAAAGAAGACUGAUCCUCCGAAGACUCCGACAAAACCGGUUCUUUUGGCAGCGCCGGAGUGCCGUUGCUUGGAAGGAGGUUAG